AUGGCUGACAGAUGGUGCGAAACGUUCGGAGAACAGCGUGGGACAAGGCUGCAGUUUGAGACCUUCAACCUGUAUCAUGCGAAUCACUGGAUCAUCAAACCAGCCACCGACGGCUAUGCGAAAAAGGGCUGCAGCAUGGUAGAGCUCAUGGCGAUUCAAGUUCAGAGACCUCAUUGGUUUGUGUCACAUGCUUGGAUCGAGCCUGUUUGUAAGUUUCUGGCCUGCUUGGAGCAGCAUGCUCUGGUGCGAGAACUCUCAAGCAGUACAUUCUAUUGGGUCUGUGCAUAUGCCAAUAACCAGCACUGCGUGGAAGAGGAUAUCAAAAGCAACCCGCGCAGCACUUCAUUCUACAGAGCUAUGCAGAUGUCUGAGGGAGUUCUUUUGGUGCUGGAUUCAGCUGGAACGCCUUUCGCCCCGGGAGGGGGGCGCCUGUGGUGUUUACUUUGGCGCCUCGCCAAAGAUGAUGUGAUCCAGGAUAUUGCAGACGAGGGUGAGCUCGGUUCUUGCUAUUGGAUGAUGGGGCGCUUCCAUGGCAUGGCACGCUGCGUGCACUUGACGGCUGCUCUUCUUCAGGCCGUCUACCGCAGCUGCCUCUUUGCCUCGGUUGAGCACAUCUUUCACUGGCUACCACUGGUUCACUUCGAUGCGUGUUCUUGUCUUCCACCCACGCUGGAAGUUGUAUUGUACAGGAUUGCGAGCUUUGUCUCAAGCUACCCUCCAGGAGUGGGGGUGGCCCCCAGCGCCUAUGGCGCCCGAAAGCUGCCUCUAGCCACCUCCUUCGUGGGGCCCAGGUCCCGGAGCCGGUCUGCAAGCACCGAGGCCUCGACAGUCAGCGACCAGGCGCCGGAAAAAGACUUUGGGCGCCUGAGAGACGAUGCGCGUCGUAAUGAGGCGAACCGUGGAGCUGCCACGUUGCACAGCGAGGCAGGAAGUGGAGCUGGUGGCACUUCCAACAUGUACCCGGUAGGUCCUCCAAUUUUGGUGAUCGGAGACGCCACCUCGUCGUCGCACUAUGUUGGAACAGAGUUGAGGACUCGCUGCCUCAUGUCGGUUUCUGUGGAUAUUCCUGGACAUGGUCACUUUGAUAUCAAACUGACUGCUUCGAGCACCGCUGCUGACAUUAUUUUACUGCUACGUGAGCGUUUGCCAGACAGCCCAUGGCAUGGGAACAAGUUGCUGUCAAGUGGGGUCUGCCAGCUACAACGCGAUGACGUUGUGGAGGCAACCCGCCACAGCACAUUAGUCUUGACAAACUACUCAGAGAUCACCAACCAGGACGGCUAUGCGAAAAAGGGCUGCAGCAUGGUAGAGCUCAUGGCGAUUCAAGUGCAGAGACCUCACUGGUUUGUGUCACAUGCUUGGAUCGAGCCUGUUUGUAAGUUUCUGGCCUGCUUGGAGCAGCAUGCUCUGGUGCGAGAACUCUCAAGCAGUACAUUCUAUUGGGUCUGUGCAUAUGCCAACAACCAGCACUGCGUGGAAGAGGAUAUCAAAACCAACCCACGCAGCACUUCAUUCUACAGAGCUAUGCAGAUGUCUGAGGGAGUUCUUUUGGUGCUGGAUUCAGCCACUGAUGGCGCGAAAAUCAUGGAGCGCCUUGCCUGGGAUCGGCUUGUGGUCGGGGUCUACCCACCACGUAUAGGCAGCGCUGCUACUCGGCGGAGUGCGCUUGACAAGGCGCCCCAGGCGACUCGUGGAGCUGCCAAAUUGGAUAGCGAGGACGACGAGGACGACGAGGACGACGAGGAGGACGAGGAGGAGGAGGAGAGGAUUCGCUGCCUCAUGUCGGUCUCUGUGGAUAUUCCUGGACAAGGUUACUUUGAUAUCAAACUGACUGCUUCGAGCACCGCUGCUGACAUUAUUUUAUUGCUACGUGAGCGUUUGCCAGACAGCCCAUGGCAUGGGAACAAGUUGCUGUCAAGUGGGGUCUGCCAGCUACAGUGCGAUGACAUUGUGGAGGCAACCCGCCACAGCACUUUAGUCUUGACAAACUACUCAGAGAUCACUAACCAGGCCGAUGGGGCCGCUGGAGCCGAUGAGGCCGAUGAGGCCGAUGAGGCCGAUGGAGCCGAUGAGGCCAAUGGAGCCGAUGAGGCCGAUGAGGCCGAUGAGGCCGAUGGAGCCGAUGAGGCCGAUGAGGCCGAUGAGGCCGAUGAGGCCGAUGAGGCCGAUGGAGCCGCUGGAGCCGCUGGAGCCGAUGACACCGAUGAGGCCGAUGGAGCCGAUGAAGCCGAUGGAGCCGAUGAGGCCGAUGAUGAGGCCGAUGAGGCCGAUGGAGCCGAUGAGGCCGAUGGAGCCGCUGGAGCCGAUGAGGCCGAUGGAGACGGCUAUGCGAAAAAGGGCUGCAGCAUGGUUGAGAUCAUGGCGAUUCAAGUGCAGUCCAGUGUACCCACUGCAGUAGCACCUGGCGCGCUGACUGGAGAGACGAAAAACUCACUGCAGCGGCUCGAACGCUCAGCACUGUGCGACGAGUUUCGAGAGUCGUGGGGUGAGGAGACACCUAUUGAGGACACCCAAGAUUGGGGAGGUGAGGCAGAUGAGGAUGAGGAGUGCGAAGAUCUAGACGAAGAUGAAGAAGAGGACGGAGGAGAUGAUUCCCAGGAGUCUGACACCACUUCAAGUUCUGCCGCUGGAGAUACUUCUCCAAAGAGCAAGGGUUCCCGGGCAUCAAGCCCUGCGAGUCAGGGGGGCGGUUCAGGCCUCUGGGGCAAUGAUGCCGGUGAUGCCAGUGAUCAUUCUUGUGCAGCAAGUUCUGACCCCAAGCACGACAGGAUUCAGCAGUUAACACGAAUGUUGGGCGCGAUGAGGAAAGAACAAACUGCAAAGAAAGCCAAAGUACUGGUGAACGCCCCGGACAAGAAGAUUGACAAAACCAUCAUCAUUGAUGAUACCAUGCCAUUUGGAGAUGAUCAUAGUGAUACCCAAGUACAUCCCUUCAUGGACGAGUUGGCAGACCAGUUCUCUGCCGAAGAACCUGUCUUUGAUGACAUGCCAGAAACCCCUAUUGUGACCCGCAGAGAGCAAAUCAGCCUGAAGCGUCAAGAAGAACCGGAAGGUGAGACAGGUCAGAAGCCAGCAAAGGGGAAGGUGAAUGUGUCGAAGGAAAAGCAGAUGAAGAAAGGCAAGGAGGAGAAGGCAUUGUCUGGGAAGCAAGAUGUUGCUGAUGAUGGCCCAGACAAUGGGAAAGUGAAGAAGGCACGAGAUCAGAAGAAGGAUGCGCAGUGCACAGGAGGUAGGGUAGACCAGACAGUGGAGGACAACAAGGCCGCAGGAAAGAAAGAUGGAGAAGAUGAAUUCCAAAAUCACGAUGAGACACAUUCGCAAAUGGGAGGUCCAACCACCGAGACCGAGGCAGGAGAGGGUGGGCAUGAGGAGAAAGAGGAAGGAUUGAAUGGAGAAGAGGAGAUCGGGGAAAUUGAAGGGAAGAAGGAAAGCCAAGGAGAUGCGAAGACCCAUGAUGAUGAGGACAAAGGAGACGAGGAUGAGAAGGAGGAUCAGCAGGAUAUCCCCAGGAGACGAUCUCGCAAGCCAAAGGAGCCCAAGGAAGGUGGAAGGAAGAAGGAUUCAGCAAGAGCAAAGAAGACCAAUAAAGCAGAAGAGAAGGAUGCGAAGGAAGGACCAGUCCGAGGAGAAGUGAAGAAAAGAACAAAAAUUGCCGAUCAAAUGGAGGACAAAGAUGAAAGCGAGGAUGACAAGCCAGACCAGCAGGAAGAGGAAGCCGAGGAGGCAGCCCCUGAGAAGAAGAAGGAACCCAAAGUGACAUAUUCCCCGUAG